AUGGGAGACGAUGAUCAACACUGCAAGAAACGAUAUCCAGGAAUCGAUAUCGAGGUGCGGAUAAUAUUAAUUGGAAAGACUGGAGUUGGCAAAAGUACAACGGGUAACACCAUACUAGGAUUUAAUGCAUUCAAGACUAAAGUAUCUGCAACAUCUGUCACAACCAAAACAGAAUACAACGAAUCAGAGAGAUUCGGCAAAAAACUGGUCGUUGUUGAUACCCCAGGUCUUUUUGAUACAAAUCGAACAGCAAUCGAAGUUCUCAGAGAAAUAUCCCAAUGCUAUUUCCUAACAUCUCCUGGAAUUCAUGCUAUAAUCUUAGUUGUUCAAGUGGGAAGAUUUACUGAAGAAGAACAAAAGACCGUUGAUUUAUUCAUAAAAGUUUUUGGAGAGGAGGUAAAAAAAUUCCUGAUUGUAGUAUUCACCCAAAAAGAUAGGUUAGAUUAUGAAAAUAUGACUAUUGAGGACUUUGUAAGCACGAUGGAUAACAAUUCAAACCUUAAAAUUCUACUUGAUGAAAUACAAGGGAGGUAUACUGCCAUUGGAUAUAGAGGGGAACAGGAAGACCGUGAGAAAGAAGUACGCCAUAUAUUGUCUAUGAUCGAGAAAAUGGGAGAGAACAACGGUCGGUCAUACUAUAGCAACGAUAUUUUUAAACGAGUGGAAGAUAUGAUAAGAGAAGAUGAAAGGAAAAAACUUGAAAAUUCAAUGAACAACGGAAAAAAGUACACAGAGGAGGAAGUCCGGCGUUUAAUUAGUGCAGAAAGGUCCAACACUCGUGCAAGUCAACAAGAUGGAGGAUUGUUUUCAAGGAUUUUAGGUACCAUUGUUGGAGGGAUACUUGGUGCAAUUCUUCGUUUUUUCGGUGGUUGA